GCGCGUGUGUCCGCGCGUGUCCGCGUGUGGGUCCGUGUGCGCGUCCCGAUUCCGCCGCGGCGGCGGCUGCGGCGGCUGCAGGACGAGCCGAGCAGGCUCAGCCAUAUUUGAUGGUUUUGUUGCUUUGCUCGGGAGUUCUCGGGAGUAAUUUAAUGCCGAAGGUCGCUGCCUAGUGGAAAUAAUAUAGUACGUCAUUAAUAUGGCGCCAAAAGAUUGGGUUCUCGAUUUGUAGCGAGGAGGGAGGGAGGCAGCCGCCCAGCACAGCGUUACUAUCCCAACAGUAACUUGGGCAUUGCUGGGGCGGGGGCCGGAGAGGAGGAGAUGAUGAUUUUUGGAUCCUGAGAAUUGAUCUGUGUUGGAUCAGCUGCCUGCUGUUUCCCGGGGAGAUCAUGAAACGAGGUCGCCUUCCCAGCAGCAGUGAGGAUUCUGACGACAAUGGCAGCCUGUCAACUACUUGGUCCCAGAAUUCCAGAUCCCAGCACAGGAGAAGCUCAUGUUCCAGACAUGAAGAUCGAAAGCCUUCGGAGGUGUUUAGGACAGACCUGAUCACCGCUAUGAAGUUGCAUGACUCCUACCAGCUGAACCCGGAUGAGUACUAUGUGUUGGCAGAUCCGUGGAGGCAGGAGUGGGAGAAAGGGGUCCAGGUGCCAGUGAGCCCCGGGACCAUCCCUCAGCCUGUGGCCAGGGUCGUGUCUGAAGAGAAGUCCCUCAUGUUCAUCAGGCCUAAGAAAUACAUUGUCUCGUCGGGCUCUGAACCUCCAGAGUUGGGCUACGUGGAUAUCCGAACACUGGCUGACAGUGUGUGUCGUUAUGACCUCAAUGACAUGGAUGCUGCGUGGCUGGAACUGACCAAUGAAGAAUUUAAAGAGAUGGGAAUGCCUGAAUUAGAUGAAUACACCAUGGAAAGGGUCCUGGAAGAAUUUGAACAGCGAUGCUAUGACAAUAUGAACCAUGCUAUUGAGACUGAAGAAGGAUUGGGGAUUGAAUAUGAUGAAGAUGUUGUGUGUGAUGUUUGCCAGUCGCCCGAUGGUGAGGACGGCAACGAGAUGGUGUUCUGUGACAAAUGCAACAUCUGUGUGCACCAGGCCUGUUAUGGAAUCCUCAAGGUGCCAGAGGGCAGUUGGCUGUGCCGGACAUGUGCCCUGGGCGUUCAGCCAAAGUGUUUGCUGUGUCCCAAGAAAGGUGGAGCAAUGAAACCUACCCGUAGUGGAACCAAAUGGGUCCACGUCAGCUGUGCUCUGUGGAUCCCUGAGGUGAGCAUUGGCAGCCCUGAAAAGAUGGAACCCAUCACCAAGGUCUCGCAUAUCCCCAGCAGCCGGUGGGCACUUGUGUGCAGCCUCUGCAAUGAGAAGUUUGGGGCCUCCAUACAGUGCUCCGUGAAGAACUGCCGAACAGCCUUCCAUGUAACCUGUGCUUUCGAUCGUGGCCUGGAGAUGAAGACCAUCCUAGCAGAGAAUGAUGAAGUCAAGUUCAAAUCUUACUGCCCGAAACAUAGCUCACAUAGGAAACCCGAGGAGAGCCGGGGCGAGGGGGCCGCUCAGGAGAACGGGGCCCCUGAGUGUUCCCCCCGGAACCCUUUGGAGCCCUUUGCCAGCCUGGAGCAGAAUCGGGAGGAGGCCCACCGGGUGAGUGUGCGUAAGCAGAAGCUGCAGCAGCUGGAGGAUGAGUUCUACACCUUCGUCAACCUGCUGGAUGUCGCCAGGGCCCUGCGGCUGCCUGAGGAAGUGGUGGAUUUCCUGUACCAGUACUGGAAGUUGAAGAGGAAGGUCAACUUCAACAAGCCCCUGAUCACUCCAAAGAAAGAUGAAGAGGACAAUCUAGCGAAGCGGGAGCAGGAUGUCUUGUUUAGGAGGCUGCAGCUGUUCACUCACCUGCGGCAGGACCUGGAGAGGGUUCGGAACCUCACUUACAUGGUGACCCGCAGGGAAAAGAUUAAACGAUCUGUGUGCAAAGUCCAGGAACAGAUAUUCAAUCUUUACACUAAGCUCUUGGAGCAAGAAAGAAUUUCAGGUGUGCCUUCUUCCUCCUGCUCCUCCUCCUCCUCACUGGAAAACAUGCUUUUGUUUAACAGUCCUUCUAUGGGCCCUGAUGCUCCCAAGAUAGAGGACUUGAAGUGGCAUUCUGCGUUCUUCAGGAAACAAAUGGGUACUUCUUUGGUUCAUUCACUGAAAAAGCCCCACAAGCGAGAUCCAUUGCAGAAUAGCACUGGGAGCGAAGGCAGAACUCUGCUGAAGCAGCCAGACCUUUGUGGUAGAAGGGAGGGGAUGGUGGGCCCUGAGAGCUUUUUGAGUUUUGAAAAGACCUUUGCAGAAGCACGUAUCAUAUCAGCACAACAGAAAAAUGGUGUGGUGAUGCCAGACCACAGGAAAAGAAGAGACAAUCGUUUUCAUUGUGAUCUCAUUAAGGGAGACUUAAAAGACAAACCUUUUAAACAGAGUCACAAGCCUCUCAGGUCCACAGAUGUGUCCCAGAGGCAUCUGGACAACACACGAGCUGCCACCUCCCCAGCAGUGGGGCAGUUGGCGCCUGGCAACAGGAAGGAGAUAGUACCCAAGUGCAACGGCUCCCUAAUCAAAGUAAACUAUAACCAGACUGCAGUCAAAGUGCCUACAACACCUGCCAGCCCAGUGAAGAACUGGGGAGGAUUCCGGAUUCCAAAGAAGGGGGAGCGGCAGCAGCAGGGAGAGGCCCAUGAGGGGGCCUGCCACCAGCACUCAGACUACCCGUACUUGGGCUUAGGCCGAGUUCCAGCCAAGGAAAGGGCCAAAAGCAAAUUAAAAUCUGACAAUGAGAAUGAUGGGUAUGUCCCUGAUGUGGAAAUGAGUGACUCAGAGAGUGAAGCAUCAGAAAAGAAAUGUAUACAUGCCAGCAGCACCAUCAACAGAAGGACAGACAUUAUCAGGAGAAGCAUCUUGGCCUCAUGAUAGAGUAGAGGAAGCACCGGGAGCUUGUCAGUGGGUGUGCUAGAGGAGAGUGGACAUGCAGAAACCAGCCCAUUACUCCUGAGCUACACAAACACAUUUACUUGCAAUUCAGACCGAUUUUUUUCUCCUAUCAUUUAUAAAUCAUUGUGAGAUAUUUGUGUUAUUUGCAACUUGUUGAGGAAACACGAGAGUAGAUUGUUAUUUUAAGACUGCUCAGACUAGAACCUGAAUUCAACACUAAAAUGAGAAUGAAUGAAAUAAGUUUUAAAGAGGGCAAGGCUUAAAUAAGCCUGGUGAGUUUUUAUUGCCCUCUGGAUUCUUUCCAAAGCACAAACUCUUGGUUACCUGAGUAUAUAUGGUAUCAAACAUGGUUCUUGAGAAACUCUCAUGGACCAUUUAAUAGCCCAUAACACUUAUUUUCUAGGACUGUGGUAGAUCUUGAUAUUUAUACUUUGGCCCACAAGGCUGUUUUUGUUGUGUUAUAAUGUACAGGCAGCAGCUCUGAAGCUUCAGUAACUCUAGGAAAUUCAUGUGUAAAUACAGCAAAUGGGAAAGAGAAUUUAAGAAAAGGUCAUUACUGGAAGAAAUGGAGGGAUAGGAUAGAGCUACUGCAGCUUGAAGAUCUAAGGUACGUGUAGCACAAGGCCCCUUUAGUGGGUGUGGAGAUAGGGACUGGUGGAGGAUGAAGCCAUUAGGAGAGUUCUGUUUAUGAGGAAGGGCAGCUGAGGUCCAAUUUUUACCAGUCCUCUUGACUUGCUCUUCCCUAACCACUGGCCCUUGGGCCAAAUUAGGAUUUCUGUGGCCAGUGGCAAUACCUGGCUAUCUGGCUUCCAACAAUACAAUGGCUAUUAAAGUUCAAACGAUGAACUUCCAGACUCUGGUGAAUCAUACUUCCCAGAGCCAACCACUAGUGCAUAUGUCAGGGAAUCCGGGCUUCCACCAUGAACGGAUUCCUUUAG